GGUCCUGCUGUGGCCGCAGGUCUUCCAGCCGCCCGACAAUGUCGUCUCAUUUAGUAGAGCAGCCGCUGCCCCCUCACAACAACGACAACAACUGAGAGGAGGGUGAACAGCCUUUGGCCCUGACAGCCGGCCUCAACAGUUCCUGGGUGGAGUUCCCCAAGAACAGCAGCAAUGGCAAUGAUAAUGGCAAUGGGAAAAAUGGGGGGCUAGAACAUGUACCUUCCUCAUCCUCUAUCCACAAUGGAGACAUGGAAAAGAUUCUUCUGGACACACAACAUGAAUCAGGGCAGAGUAGUUCAAGAGCCAGCUCUUACUGUGACAGCCCUUCCCCACAAGAAGACGGGCAGAUUAUGUUCGAUGUGGAGAUGCACACAAGCAGGGACCACAGCUCUCAGUCAGAAGAAGAGGUUGCAGAAGGAGAGAAAGAAGUUGAUGUUUUGAAGAAAAGUGUAGACUGGGUGUCCGACUGGUCCAGUAGACCCGAAAACAUUCCACCUAAGGAGUUUUACUUCAGACACCCCAAAUGCUCCAUUUCUUUAAGCAUGAGGAAAAGUGGGGCCAUGAAGAUAGGAGGUAUUUUCUCCGCAGAAUUUCUUAAAGUGUUCAUUCCAUCUCUCUUCCUCUCUCAUGUUUUGGCUUUGGGGCUAGGCAUCUGUAUUGGAAGGCGACUGAGCACACCUUCCGCCAGCACAUACUGAAAGAAAGAAAAGCCACUGGACAAGCGUGUGACCUGUGAAGUGGUGUAUUGUCACAAUAGUUUAUUUGAACUUGAGACCAUUGUAAGCAUGACCCAACCUACCACCCUAUUUUUACAUAUCCAAGUUCCAGUAACUCUCAAAUCCAGUAUUUUAUUCAAACUCUAUUGAGGCAUUUUACUAACCUCAUUCCCUUUUUGGCCUGUAAGACACUUUAGAAUUUUCUAACAGAGUUUACUGUUAUUUAGAAAUUUGCAAGGGCUUUUUUGCCACAAAUGCCACCAGCAGAUUAUAAUUUUGUCAACAAUGCU